UCUUUUCACGACCACAUUCUUUGUGUUGGGUUACCAGUUACACGUAUGAUAGGACUUCAUUAGGGUCACUUUAUUACUGCGGCUUUACACUGAGGCAGCCUGAGCAGUUGCGCCAUUGGCACUCUGAGCUGAAGUGGCUCCACCUUAACAAACCGAUGUCUGCUUUCAUGCAGUUCUUUUUUUGCAUUGACGUCAGUGCAUACAGCACAAAACAGGGGCUUUCUUCAUAUUUCCUAUGCUGCUGUGGUCAGAAUAUGGACAGAACAGCCAGACGAUGGUACCGAUCUUAAGGCAGCCUGACUGCGACAGUUGGUGAUCUUCUCUCCCAUCACUUCGAAGAGGACACAGUGUCCAAGGAUACCCGCAACACGACCACCGUUGCCCAGUGUGCGGCCCAAACACAAACCCACCACGGCAGCGCCAGGCAUCAUGAUGGAGGGGGGCAUGCAGCUGCUCAACCGCGAUGGGCACAGCAUCUCGCACAACUCGAAGCGGCACUAUCACGACUCGUUCGUCUCCAUGAACAGGAUGCGACAGCGCGGCCUGCUGUGCGACAUCGUGCUUCAUGUCUCCAACAAGGAAAUCAAGGCGCACAAAGUGGUGCUGGCGUCCUGCAGCCCUUACUUCCAUGCCAUGUUUACCAAUGAGAUGUCCGAGAGCCGGCAGACUCACGUGACCCUCCAUGACAUUGACCCUCAGGCUUUGGAGCAGCUUAUCCAAUACGCCUACACGGCGGAGAUCGUAGUCGGGGAAGGUAAUGUGCAGACCUUGCUUCCAGCAGCGAGCCUGCUGCAGCUCAACGGGGUGAGGGACGCGUGCUGCAAGUUCCUCCUCAGUCAGCUGGACCCCUCCAACUGCCUGGGCAUCCGAGGCUUCGCAGACACGCACUCCUGCAGCGACCUGCUCAAGUCGGCGCACAAGUACGUGCUGCAGCACUUUGUGGAAGUGUCCAAGACAGAGGAGUUCAUGCUGCUGCCGCUGAAACAGGUGCUUGACCUGAUCUCCAGUGAUAAUCUGAAUGUGCCGUCAGAGGAGGAGGUGUACCGCGCCGUCCUGACCUGGGUGAAACAUGACAUAGACGGACGCAGGCAGCAUGUGCCUUGGCUGAUGAAGUGCGUGCGGCUGCCUCUGCUGAGGCGAGACUUCCUGAUGAGCAACGUCGAUACGGAGCUGCUGGUACGUCACCACUCGGAGUGCAAAGAUCUUCUGAUCGAGGCUCUGAAGUACCACCUGAUGCCCGAGCAGAGGGGGGUCCUGAGCAACAGCCGGACGCGCCCUCGGCGCUGUGAGGGGGCCAGCCCUGUGCUCUUUGCCGUCGGCGGAGGCAGCCUUUUCGCCAUCCACGGAGACUGCGAGGCGUACGACACCAGGACAGACCGCUGGCACAUGGUGGCAUCCAUGUCUACCAGGCGCGCACGAGUCGGUGUGGCAGCCAUCGGGAACAGACUCUAUGCUGUCGGAGGGUACGAUGGCACCUCAGACCUCGCAACUGUGGAGUCCUAUGAUCCCAUCACCAACUCCUGGCAGCCGGAGGUUUCCAUGGGAACGAGGCGGAGUUGUCUGGGUGUAGCUGUUCUGCAUGGCCUGCUGUAUGCUGCUGGGGGUUAUGAUGGCGCCUCCUGUCUGAACAGCGCGGAGCGUUACGACCCUCUGACCAGUACAUGGACAUCAAUUGCAGCGAUGAGUACCAGAAGGAGAUACGUUCGAGUUGCAACUCUGGACGGCAGCUUGUAUGCGGUGGGAGGCUACGACAGCUCCUCACAUCUGGCAACGGUGGAGAAAUACGACCCGCAGAGCAACACGUGGACCGCCAUCGCCAACAUGCUGAGCCGGCGCAGCAGCGCGGGAGUGGCUGUGCUGGACGGCAUGCUGUACGUGGCCGGAGGCAACGACGGCACCAGCUGCCUGAACUCGGUGGAGCGCUUCAACCCGAAGACAAACACCUGGGAAGGAGUCGCCCCCAUGAACAUACGCAGGAGCACUCACGACCUGGUGUCUAUGGACGGGUGGCUAUACGCGGUGGGAGGCAACGACGGCAGCUCCAGCCUUAACUCAAUCGAGAAGUACAACCCGCGGAGCAACAAGUGGGUUGCGGCCUCCUGCAUGUUCACUCGGCGCAGCAGCGUCGGCGUGGCGGUACUCGAGCUCCUGAACUUCCCGCCGCCUUCCUCGCCCACCCUCUCAGUGUCCUCCACCAGCCUUUGACACGGGGUCACCGUUUGGCUGACUUCGGCCGCCGCUGCUACAGCCCAGACUGGAUCUGGGAAGAGACGCAACUGUUCAGUGUGAGAUGAGGAGGAGGGACUACUGGGAGCGCCGGGGAGAGGGAGAACUGAAGGCACGCCGCGUGAAUGAGGCCUCUUUAUUUGGUACGGUACACUCCAGAAUUAUUAGCAAACUUGGUUAAAAUGCUAACCAGACAUGGUUUACAUAGCAACUAAAGAUGGUAAGUAAUUAUAAAAAAUACUUUAUUAUAUGAUAAUAAAAAAUAUUAUAUAAUAUAUCUUAUUAAAUAAUAAAGAACUAUUAAUAUUAUUAAAUUAUGAUAAUUUUAGUUUUGAUUUUUUUAGGUUUUUUUUUAAACUAAUAAUUACUCCCUAUUAUUCAUUUUUCCUUUCUUUUUUUUUCCCGCCAUGUUGCUGUUGGCUCUGAACUGCACCGUAUCUAGUCUGGAUUCCUCAGAGUCUCUCCAGAAUAUCAAAACCAUACCCUUCAAAACUUAUUUCUUAAAAAAAUAUAUUAAAAUGUCAUUUAAAAAAAAAGGUGUGCCCACCAUGAUAAGUGUUUGACACACAUAUCGUAAAACAAGGUAGGCACUUUAUUCUGUAAUGUGUGCUGUAAACUUUUGGUUUGAUGUCGUAGUUCCCUGCAAAACUUUUUCUUUCAUGUCAAGAGUUUUUCACAAUGAUAUAUAUAUAUAUAUAUAUAUAAACAAACUGAAUGAUUUUACUUUUGGAAUGUAGCUUUUUUCAGUGGUCGUACCAUGCAUGACUACGUAUCGACACAGAAACCCUUCCACCCCAAAAGAUGAGAAAUGUAGUUGUAGUUCUGCUGUGCCACGCUAGGUGGCAGUAACGGGCAAUGUUUAAAAGCGCCGCAAGAAAGCAUGGACAUAAACAACAAGCUAGGCCCUCAGAACCGCGAAUGGGUUUGGAUCUUUAUUUAUAUAAAAGAACGAAUAAUACAGAAGUAGAUGUAUUUAUAAAAUCUAAUAUAUUCAGUUUUAAAGACGCUCAGAGAAAGAAACAGAUCCAAGCGAUGACUAUUUAAGAGUGUUUUAAAUAUAUUUAUUUAACGUGUGACGUGCAUGUCAUGAAUGGAAAUGACAAAGAAGAAUGUCUUAGUCUGAGAGAGGUUUGUCUGGGUUUAGACUAUGAGAGGACUGCUUGCUGUGUUAUGAUGUGCGGCGAUUAAUUUGCAUUUCUAAAUGUUUAUUCACUGCCACAUGAACCUGGACCUCACUGUACAUCUAAUAGCAUUUAUUGUGUUUGCCGAAAUUAUUUUUCAAAAACACAUUGAGGUGCAUUAUUUUCCCCUCAAGAUGGACAGACUUGGCUGGUGGAUGCCAUCCUAUUCCACUUAUUUAAAUUGAGCCCUAUCUAUUUUAACUGUGGUUAAUAUAAGUUGAGCUUUGUUUAAACAGUUAAAAUAAAAAAUGCAUUACUAUUGCAUAAAUAUCCCAAGGAAAAUCUACCUUGUCAAACUGAUCUACUCACAAUGAAUCAUUUUGGCCUUUUCAUAAGUAAUAGUUGAGUUCAGCUCAUGUGUAGUGCAGUGAUAUCAUUCCAGACUUCUAAGAAGUUGCCUUUUCUCCUUAUUUUGAAGGAUUUAUUUAUCCGUUUAGUUUUUUUCUCUCUCUUUCUAAAACUACCUUCAGUUUCAUUAAAGUGUGCAAAGGUGUAUGAGGUAGAAAUUGAGCUCUGAUGGCCUUAUAAAAAUGUGACUACUCUGUAAAGUGAUAAGAUGACAAGCUGCACAAAUUCACAUAAGACUAAAAACCUCCAUUCUCUGGAUUGAAAUGUACAUAUAUUGCUUAGUUUCUGAGUUCUGUUUGUGAAAUGUCAAUGUGACUGUAGCCUCUCUUUUUUUUUAAGUUUGUGGUUGGUGUUGUGAUACGUGUUUAUUUAUAUGUUUGUUAUUUAUGACAGACUUUAAUAUGUUGAAUUUUGCACUAUUGCGAAGUGGAGCAAUACAAUACACUCAAAAAUGGAAAUAAAGACGUUUUCAGAUGUGG